AUUUGGAUAGUGGUGGUGUCUGCGGAUGCAGGACGCGGUGGACAGCAGCCGGAUAGAAAUCUACCAAGAUGGCCUCAGCAACAGCAACCUAUGGACAGAAGGAGUCCUCAGACCAGAACUUUGACUAUAUGUUUAAGAUCCUCAUCAUUGGCAACAGCAGCGUGGGUAAAACGUCCUUCUUGUUCCGUUACGCUGACGACUCCUACACACCAGCCUUCGUAAGCACGGUGGGCAUCGACUUCAAGGUGAAGACCAUCUACAGGAACGAUAAAAGGAUCAAACUGCAGAUCUGGGACACGGCGGGUCAGGAGCGUUAUCGCACCAUCACUACAGCGUACUACAGAGGAGCCAUGGGUUUUAUCCUCAUGUAUGACAUCACCAACGAGGACUCCUUCAACGCCGUCCAGGACUGGUCCACACAGAUCAAGACAUACUCGUGGGACAAUGCCCAGGUGCUGCUAGUAGGAAAUAAAUGUGACAUGGAAGACGAGCGCACGGUGAGUGGAGACAGAGGACGGCAGCUUUCUGAACACCUCGGUUUCGAGUUCUUCGAAGCCAGCGCCAAAGACAACAUCAACGUGAAGCAGACCUUUGAGCGCCUGGUCGACGUCAUAUGCGAAAAGAUGUCGGAGAGCCUGGAUGCUGGCGAUCCCGCCGUCACAGGGGCCAAGCAGGGGCCUCAGCUGACAGAGCAGCCUGCUCCAGCUCACCAGGACUGUGCAUGUUAAAGAUCCCAGCUCUCCUCCUUCACCCUUCCAAGUGGGUACAUUCUCCAUCGCCUUUUCCUUCUUUCUCCCAAGAACCAACCUGUGAAAAAGUCUGAAAUUUGCCGAGACCUGCUCUUCAGGUGCGCUUGUUUUCCUGAUUUCAGACUCUUUGCAACUUCUGGUUCUUGAGGGUUCCCAUCCCAUCUUUUUUUGUUUCCAUGGGUGUAUUUAUAAGUAGGAUUUGAUGGCCAUUACAAUCCACCUAAUGUUUACAGUACCUUGUUUUUUUUACUUAGUAGUUUGGUAUCGGUCCGGGGCUUGUUGGUCUAGUCCAGGGGUCGGCAACCCAAAAUGUUGAAAGAGCCAUAUUGGACCAAAAAUACAAAAACAAAUCCAUCUGGAGCCGCAAAAAAUUAAAAGCCAUAUUACAUACAGAUUGUGUGUCAUGGGAUAUAAAUUGAAUUAUGAGGACUUAAAAGAAACUAAAUGAGCUCAAAUAUAGCUAAAAAUUAGGAAUAAUUAUGCAAUAUGUACAUACAGCUAGCCUAAAUAGCAUGUUAGCAUCGAUUAGCUUGCAGUCAUGCGGUGACCAAAUAUGUUUGAUUAGCACACUCCACAUAAGUCAAUAACAUCAACAAAACUCACCUUUGUGCAUUCAUGCACAACGUUAAAAGUUUGGUGGGAAAAAUGGCACAGAAAAAGAAGUGGCAUAAAACACGUCUUAGAAAGUCGGAGAAAAUUAUACAUGUAAACAAACUGCGGUGAGUUCAAGGACUGCCAAAAUUGGUAGGACAAAACGGCGCUCGCCAAAUACUCGAAUCAGUGAAGCAUGUUUAAUAUCAACUGUGUGCUUUAUAGCAAUUAGGGAGGUUUGUGUCAUGUUUGUCCUCCUACAGAAACCAAAUUAAAACAAAAAAUAUGUUUUUUUCCCCUUAUCUUUUUCCAUUUUUCAUAUAUUUUUGAAAAAGCUCCAGAGCCGUGGGUUGCCGACCCCGGGUCUAGUGGUAUGAUUCUCGCUUUGGGUGUCAGAGGUCCUGGGUUCAAUUCCCGGACAAGCCCUAACAGUGCUUUAAAACUCUUAGCUCAAUUUUUUUUUUUUUUUUUUACCACAAAUUGAUUAACCUGGACCCCGACUUAAACAAGUUGAAAAACGUAUUCGGGUGUUACCAUAUAGUGGUCAAUUGUACGGAAUAUCUACUGAACUGUGCAAUCUACUAAUAAAAGUUUCAAUCAGUCAAUCAAACCAAGUAGAUACAGAGCCAGUAUUGCCAAUACUAAUACCGUUACUUUCUCCUGGAAUUGUUUAAGAUCAUUAAAUAAUUUUUCUCUUUGUUUUUGCCUUUAUUUUUGUUUUUGAUCAGAAUAAAAUACGGAAAAUCUUUUUAACAAACUUAUUUCUGAACAAUGAAAAAAUAGAAAUCCAAUAAUAUCAGAAAAUAAUCAACAAAAUAGUACAAAUAUGCCAUCUGGCAUGCAUUUUUUUUUUUUUAGCAAAACGACACAACAAAAGCAAAACCUGCUUUUGGCUCUCAUUCAUACUUCUUGAAUUAUACAACAAUAUUAAAAAUGUCACAAAAACAUCAACAAAGCAAAACUAUUUUCAUAAAACAAGCAUAGAAGAGAAGUGAAAAUAUUCAAUGUCAUCAGUAGGGGUGUCCCGGAACGAUUUCUUCACUUCCGUUACGAUAUCUACUAUAUUGGAUCCACUUUGGACUGGACUCUCACCGUUAUGUUUGAUCCACUAUGGAUUGGACUUUCUCAAUAUCAUAUUAGACCCGCUUGACAUCCAUUGCUCUCGGUCCUCUGGGGAGGGUUGCCCACAUAUGCGGUCCUCUCCAAGGUUUGUCAUAGUCAUCAUUGUCACUGUCACCGACGUCCCACUGGGUGUGAGUUUUUCCUUGCCCUUAUGUGGGCUCUGUACCGAGGAUGUCGUUGUGGUUCGUGCAGCCCUUUGAGACAUUUGUGAUUUAGGCCUAUAUAAAUAAACAUUGAUUGAUUGAUUGAAUAUCGAUAUCGGGGCCUUUUGGUUUUGGCUAAUACCGAUAUUAAUCCAAGCGAUAUCAGCACAAAUCAUACACUCUGGUAUCGUUUUGUAGUGUUGAAUGUUGGAAAAGGCUUGGUUUAGUGAAAUGACUCAAAGAGACAACAAUGUCACACAUGAAACAGAUCAAGUUAAAUUCGGUAAAUUAAAUAGAUGCGGACAAGGCUGUUACAGGAUUAUUUUUAACACGAUUCUGCUCUAGAGCAGGCCUGGGCAAUUAUUUUGACUUGGGGGCCAAAUUUAGAGACAAAAAUGUGUCUGGGGGCCGGUAUAUCUAUUUUUGGGAACACUAAUACAAAACCCCACAAUAAUAUCUGAUUGAAUGCUAAAAACGUUAUGACAGACCGCCUUAAAAAACGUAAUUGAAUUUUACAUUUUUCUAUGAAGGAUACAACACUGAAUAUUGACAACAUAUGAAUGUCACACCCUCUUUCGAUUGACAUAUUUUACAAUCAAGUGAAACACAACAAAAAUGCGACAAACAGUGAAGUAUGAACGCGGAGGGUACAAAAUAAACUCACCUACAAUCUGAUAUAUCUGAUAUUUGCUGAAUUUCCCCCAGGGAUCAAUAGAGUACUUUCUAUUUUAUUAUUUUCUAUUCUAUAUAUCACUAAGCUUUAGAACUUUGUUGUGAAAAUCUCCUUCCGCGUCUGUGAUGUAGAUUACCAUAGUAACUAGUUAGAUUACCAUAGUAACCAAUUAGAUAACCAGUUAGAUGAACAUAGUAACUAAUUAGAUGACCAUAUCAACUAAUCAGAUUAGUAAGUAGUAUAUCAUCCCAUAAGCGCGGAUUCCAAGCAUUGUAAUACUUUGUAUCAGGGGUCACCAACCUUUUUGAAACCAAGAGCUACUUCUUGGGUACUGAUUAAUGCGAAGGGCUACCAGUUUGAUACGCACUUAAAUAAAUUGCCAGAAAUAGCCAAUUUGCUCAAUUUACCUUUAAUAAAUAAAUCUAUUUAUACAUUUUAAAAAAUGGGUAUUUCUGUCUGUCAUUCUGUUGUACAUUUUUUUUCCUUUUAUGGAAGUUUUUUUGUAGAGAAUACAUGAUUAAAAAAAACACUUAAUUGAACAGUUUAAAAGAGGAGAAAACACGAAAAAAAUGAAAAUUAAAUUUUGAAACAUAGUUUAUCUUCAAUUUCGACUCUUUAAAAUUCAAAAUUCAAACGAAAAAAAUGAAUAGAAAAACUAGCUAAUUCGAAUCUUUUUGAAAAAAUUUAAAAAAGAAUUUACUGAACAUCAUUAGUAAUUUUUCCUGAUUAAGAUAAAUUUUAGAAUUUUGAUGACAUAUCUUAAAUAGAUUAAAAUCCAAUCUGCAUUUUGUUAGAAUAUAUAACAAAUUGGACCAAGCUAUAUUUCUAACAAAGAAAAAUCAUUAUUUCUUCUAGAUUUUCCAGAACAAAAUUUUUAAAAGAAAUUCAAAAGACUUUGAAAUAAGAUUUAAAUUUUAUUCUAAAGAUUUUCUAGAUUUGCCUGAAUAUUUUUUUAGAAUUUUAAUCAUAAUAAGUAUGAAUAAAUAUUUCACAAAUAUUCUUUGUUGAAAAAACAGAAGCUAAAAUGAAGAUUUAAAUAAAAAUGUAUUUAUUAUUCUUUACAAUAAAAAAUUUAAUUUACUUGAACAUUGAUUUAAAAUGUCAGGAAAAGAGAGGAAGGAAUUUAAAAGGUAAAAAGGUAUAUGUUUUUAAAAAUCCUAAAAUCAUUUUUAAGGUUGUGUUUUUUCUCUAAAAUUGUCAUUCUGAAAGUUAUAAGAAGCAAAGUAAAAAAAUAAAUGAAUUUAUUUAAACAAGUGAAGACCAAGUCUUUAAAACAUUUUCUUGGAUUUUUAAAUUCUAUUUGAGUUUUGUCUCUCUUAGAAUUAAAAAUGUCGAGCAAAGCGAGACCAGCUUGCUAGUAAAUUAACACAAUUUUAAAAAUAGAGGCAGCGCGCUACUCAUCUGGUCCUUACGGGCUACCUGGUGCCUGCGGGCACCGCGUUGGGGACCCCUGCUUUGUAUAGUUCAAGACUUACUGUCGGUAGAAAACAUGACUGCAGAUCAUAAUGGCAACUAAACUUUCCAUUUUAAAGAUCUAAAAAAAUGAUUAGGGAAUGUCCAGAUUGAAAAGCUCAACGGGCCAGAUGUGGCCCCCGGGCCGUAAUUUGCCCAGGUCUGCGCUAGAGACUUCGUAUCUGUAAGUAAUAUGCAACAAUAAUUAUUUGAUUCUUGUUCAUAUUGUUUUAGACUGCAGUGUUGUUCAUUUAAGGACACGUAUUACGUAUGUCUAGCUUGUGUGCUAUUGUGUGCUUAGCUGUUGUGUAGCUCCUAGCAGCCUAUAUCCUACCAUGUUCACCAAUGACUUUAAAGUAAAAGCUCUGCAGGACUGCUUGUAAUAGAGCGAUCAUACGGCAUCUUUUUAAUGCAAAACAGUAUGAUUCUUGUGUUUUUUGCUGAUAUCAGAUAUUGGAUCGGGACACCCCCUUGGUACUGAUACAGUGUAUAUUUGAAUCGAUACAUGGCAAGAAUGAACCAUCCAGCAUAACCCAUAAUGAUAUUACCAGGUCUAAAUACACAUCUCACAUUGAUACUGAAGUUUCAAUAUCAUUUAGCCUUUUUUUAGUGUUAAUUUUGUUUUUGUAAUCUGUUAUGGCUUUCAGCUGUUGGUUGCAUUGAAGGUGGAAACCUUUCGGACAAGAUAAAACAGAUGCAAAAAAAUACCACUUCAGUUGUAUGUAUAAAUACUGUGCGAUACAUGAUCUAUACAGGUAUGCAUUUCUGGAAAUAAACUUUGAAGAGGUGUUAUAGAUGUGUUGUAUAUUUAUGAGGUCUUUGUUGUGAGGUUUGUUCGGUUGGUCUGUGUGCAAGUGUUUGGCGACUCCUCACCUCGUGUCCUUGUCGGUUCUGCUGAGAUGCUGAGAAAUGACAGAUUCCGUGUUUUGAAGAAAAAAAAAAAAGAAA